AUGCCUACACGAAUCCUGAUAGUCGGAGCUGGCGCGAUAGGAGCCUUUUACGGGUCACGACUUGCUACCGCUUCCAAUACACUCGUCUCGGCUCUCUGUCGAUCGAACUUCAAAGCCGUCAAAGCAAAUGGUUUCAACGUAACCUCGCCUAAAUAUGGCGAGCAGAUCUUUCGCCCGGAAUAUGUAUUCUCGUCACCAGAUGAAGCACGGAGAGCGAACGUGAAAUGGGAUUAUCUGCUUGUUGCGACCAAAGCCUUACCGGAUGUCAGCGAUGAUUCGGCACUUAUCGAAGGCUUGGUAGCAGAUGGCACAUCUAUUGUCCUUGUACAGAAUGGCCUAGGUGUUGAAAACCCCUAUGCCAGGCGCUUCCCGCAAGCGCCUAUCCUCAGCGCGGUCACCAUUGCAAGUGCUGCACAGCCUGAACAUGGCAUUAUCAAGCACAACCGCUGGACGAGGAUAUCCAUCGGACCUUACCUGCCUCACCUAGAUCAAGGCGGCUGUGGCUCUCGUUCGACUGACGAGACUGCGAAUCGCAGCAAUUCUCAAAUUGUACAGCUUCUCCAAGAGGGUGGAAUAGCAGAUGCAGAAGAGUACGAUCAUGUGGGGCUUCAGUUCGUGCGCUGGCACAAGAUCGCAAUCAAUGCUGCUAUGAACCCUUCCUCAGUCCUGUCUGGCGGCUGUGGAAAUCAAGAAAUGUCUACAGAUGCCGAGCUCAGUAUUCAUUUGACUGGAAUCAUCAACGAAGUCUUGGAGACUGCGCCAAAAGUGCUUGGAAAGCCUCUUCCCCCUAAGCUCGCAUCAGCAGAGCAGAUCUUGAACUCGACGAGACGAAAUAGUAGUGGCAGUAAACCCAGCAUGUGGGGAGAUUGGGUGAAGGGCACAAAGAUGGAGCUGGAAGUCAUCCUGGGAAACCCGAUCAGGAUUGCUAGAGAGAAGGGUGUCGAGAUGCCGAGAUUACAGACGAUGUACGCGCUGAUCAAGAAGGCCCAGGAGAAUCGGGAUAAUGAUAAGAAGGGGAGUAAGCUGUAGCGCAAGGGGCGGACGAUUCAUGUCAUCGGUGAUAUGUCCGUAGUUUCCAGCGCGCGGACACGUGCUCACGAUGCUGUUUUCAAGACGAGAUGAGCAUGGGCAUGGGCAUGAGCAUGAGCAUGGCAUGGGACGGCACGGCACAUUCAGCGUUUGCCUUCGGUUGCCGGUGAUGAUGGUCAUGGGCUGCUGGUCUCAGUGCUUGUGCUCGGACCGCCAUUGGACGGCGCAGGGAAGUGCGUAUCGAUGUCAGCAGCAGGUGUGCAGAAAUAGCUAGAGAUGCAGUGUCCGUUCGGGCUCAAUAGCAUGCGUGGGCAAGCGUGCCUGAGGCC